AUGAUGGAAACCAUCCUCGAAGACGAAGCUGAAGCUUCAGGCCUUGCUCUAGCCGACCCCGAGAUCCCUCCUCUUCUCUAUGUCGAGUCCAGCGAACAGCCUGGCGUCUAUCGUCGCUCGUUCAAACUCGCUGACAAUGUAUUCCCUCCUUAUUUAGAUCCAAUUCCUACUUGGAUAAAGGCCCAGAUCGCUGCGGACACUGCACCUCUGAUACGCGGCACGACUCCAGACAUGUUUCCUCCCCUCCUUUUCUAUUCUGCUUCGCAGCCUCUUCCUUCUGAGUUUACCCUGCCAUUCAGCGACCGUCCCAAAAGCUUCUAUGUUUCCCUUACCCAUGAUAAUUCCAUUGUGAAUAUUCAUGACACCUCCCUCAAGGCAAGGUGUGGUCCUGCCGCUCAGAGGGUCUUCCGCACUCCGGAGCUCCUGGAGAAUAUCUUCCUCAGGCUCGACAUGGCUGCAGUUCUUACAUGUGUUCAACGAGUCAACAAGACCUUCAAGCGGGCCGUUGAUGGUUCACUUGCCCUGCAGCGCAUGCUCCAUUUCAAGUUUGACAAGAACGCCGAACCCGGUCUCCAUCCACAGGCAAAGUACAACAGAGAUGACCGCGUGGAAUUCCCCAUCUUCAACAGUCUCCUGGUUAAGCAUUUCGGGAGCUGCUUCUUCGACUUUGGUGACUUUUACGGCUGGCAGCGCCGAGCAGAGUCCUUCUACGAGAACAAAUGGACGCGCCACCACCACACUUUAAACGUCGAUAUGAUGUUCGGACGCCAAAAGAUAUACAGAUCCGUAGGCCCCGAGCUUGAUAGCUUGGAGACCCUCCAGGCUAGCCAGGACCGAGAGCGAUUCACCCGCGCUGGCGCGAGUUGGCGCAGGAUGCUCGUGUGCCAGCCUCCAAUCUAUGACUUUGGCGCCAUGAUCUUCCAACCCGUCGAUCCCUCCCGGCCUGCCCCCCAGAAGAUGGAAAAGGCCAUCAUCAAAGCCGAAGACGACGAGUCGGGCCUCUGCAUGGGCCAGCUCUACGACUUUGUCCAAGAACGCGCCGGCAACCACCCCCUCGAUUCCCUGUGGUUUCGCGUCACCUGGUUUGAUACACAAGGGCCGUUUGCAUCCAAUAUGUGCCACGAUACCGCCAUUGAAUGGGUCAUUGACGGCGUGCCUGUGGUGAUUGAAAUGUUCCACAAGAGCGAUAGCUUCCGUCCAUUUCACCUACCAGACCCGCCGAAUGCCGAGAUAUUUGACAAAACCUUCAAAUGCAAGGACUUCAAGCCCCAUCGAUGGGUUCCGGACGAGACCGUCAUUGAUUACUGUGGCCAAGGAUACGAAUCUGCUUCGCCGCUGAUGGACAAGGGCAAACAAAUGAUCUGGAGUGGAUUUCCAAUGGUGUAA